AUGUGGUUUAUAGCCAGUAAAAGACUCUCUCUCUCUCUCUCUCUCUCUCUCUCUCUCUCUCUCUCUCUCUCUCUCUCUCUCUCUCUGUGUGCCCUCCUUUGUUCACACUGUUUAGAACUAGUUUUCUUCUCCCUCAUCUUCACACAUUGUUUUCAGCAGGGCUUCCCCACUUCUUAUCUGUCCUCCAUUCUUCACACUGAUUGCAUCAUGGUAUUCUUUUUUUCUCUUUUUUCCCCACCUCUACGCAUUUUUUACAGCAAUACUUUCCUCCUCUCUUCACCUCCUCUCUCCAUAUUAUUUAUAGCAGGUACACAUUUUUUACAGCAGAGCUUUCCUCCUCCUCCUCUCUCCAUAUUAUUUACAGCAGAGCUUUCCUCCUCUUCUCUUCUCCCCUUCUCUUCAUAUUGUUUACAACAAGGCUUUCUUCCUCCUUCUCCCUUUUCCCCCCCUCUCUACACAUUGUUUAUAGAAGAGCUUUCCUCCUCCUCUCUACACCUUGUAUACAGCAGGACUUUUAUUCUCCUCUCUUCUCCCCUUCUCUCCAUAUUGUUUGCAGCAGGGCUUUCCUCCUCCUCUCUACACAUUGUUUACAGCCAGACUCCUACUUUCUCCAAAUUUUAUACAGUAACUGUAAUAAAACCAUUGUUUUUUAAAGAGUGUGAUUUUAGAACUAAGUUGAGCUUUUAA